UCUCUGAAAUAGACGUUGUUUUGUUUUGGUUUCUUCAGAAGUAGUUUAGUUGGAAAAUCCUUUUUUCAUAUUCCCGCCUUGUUUUCUAAAGUCUAGUGAAGCGAAUAGAAUUAGCAUUUCUGUUGGGUGAAUGUUCAUGAGAGAAUUAUUAAUACUUUCUAGAAAAUUACAUUGCGUUCUAUUUUGCAGCAAGUUUACAGUUAACAUGUCGAAAAAAGCAGUUGAAGAACCAGCUGGAAAAAAGGCAAAGUUAGAUAGCUCAUCCCAGCAGAAUGCAAAAAUUCAAGGGCCCUCAACGGUGUCAGACAGUUUCGCGGAGAAGUUCAAAUCAAAUAGACGAGAAACGGCUACCUCGGUUCUUGAUUUUGAUUUCAAGAAAAAACGCGUGAGAAUGUUGUCCAAUGCUAAAGAAGUUGGGGAAGGGAAAAACGGUAUAGUGUAUUGGAUGUCACGAGAUGGCCGUGUGCAGGACAAUUGGGCUUUUUUGUUCGCCCAAAAACUCGCUCUUAAAAACGAACUUCCUUUGCAUGUCUGCUUCAGUUUGGUUCCCAAAUUCCUUGAUGCUACGAUCAGACAUUUUAAGUUCAUGCUAAAAGGACUCGAGGAAGUUGCCAGUGAAUGUGAAUCUCUAAACAUAAACUUUCAUAUGCUCUCGGGGCUUGCAAAGGACACUAUUCCAAAGUUUGUGAAAGAACAUCGAAUGGGCGCCGUGGUAUCCGAUUUCAGUCCAUUACGAGUUCCAAUGCAAUGGGUUGACGAUGUUUCCAAAGCGUUGCCAGCAGAUGUACCUUUCUGCCAAGUGGAUGCGCAUAACAUAGUGCCACUCUGGGUAACAUCCGACAAACAAGAGUAUGCCGCUCGUACUAUCCGUAAUAAAGUUAACAAUAAUCUCAACACGUACCUGACAGAAUUCCCUCCCGUUAUCAAACAUGCUCACAAAGCUUCUUUCAAAGCUAAUUCCAUUGAUUGGACAAAGCUUCUGGCCACGUUGGAAGUUGACAGAACUGUAGAUGAAGUUUCUUGGGCCGUACCUGGGUACACUGGCGGAGUCACAACGUUGCAAAGCUUUGUCGAGAAACGUUUGCGAAAAUUCAGCACGAAGAGGAAUGACCCCACAAACGAUGCUUUGUCAAAUCUUUCGCCAUGGUUUCACUUUGGUCAGAUUUCAGUGCAACGAUGUGUGCUUGCAGUGAAACAGUAUGGCAAAGGAUUUUCCGAAGGAGUUGCCGCGUUCUGUGAAGAAGCUAUUGUCCGCCGGGAAUUGGCAGAUAACUUUUGUUAUUAUAAUAAAAAUUACGAUAGUUUGAAGGGUGCAUACGAUUGGGCCCAGAAAACACUGAAUGAUCAUCGCAAGGACAAAAGGAUAUAUGUUUACAGCCGGGAACAGCUAGAACAGGCGAAAACGCACGAUGACCUAUGGAAUGCUGCGCAGAUACAAAUGGUCAACGAAGGUAAAAUGCACGGCUUCCUUCGAAUGUAUUGGGCUAAAAAGAUCCUCGAGUGGACCAAAACGCCGGAAGAGGCACUGGAGAUCGCUAUCUAUCUGAACGAUCGUUAUCAGCUGGAUGGACGGGACCCGAAUGGAUAUGUUGGCUGCAUGUGGUCCAUUGCGGGCAUUCAUGAUCAGGGAUGGCGCGAAAGAGAAGUUUUUGGCAAAAUUCGUUACAUGAAUUAUGAAGGAUGUAAGCGGAAAUUCGAUGUUGCCGCUUUUGUUGCACGUUACGGUGGGAAAGUGUAUCGAAAAUAGAUACAUAUGGCCAGUGGCGUCGAGUGGAGCUUUCGCACCCGGGGCCAUCGGGGAAGAGUCGAUUUGCACCCCACCACCCCGCCGGAAAAGGAAUAAAUCAUAUUUAUCCAAUUUAUUCAUACUAAUUCGGUUCAUUCUGCACCACUAAAAUCGUGCACCCGGAGGCGGUCCGCCCUCUCCGCACCCUCCAGUCGACGCCACUGCAUAUGGCCUACAAUGGAUAUGUUCAAUGAGUAUUACGUUACAUUAAUUUUUUUGUUUGUAACAAAUUAGUAUUUAAUGAUAGAUAGAAUGGAAACUUUACAAUGCAUCGUUUUUGGAAGAAUGAUCCGUUACCAUACAUAUAAAUACAAUCCUGUAGCAUUUUUGUCGAAAUCAGCUUCGAAGCUUAAAUAUUUAUUCUAAUUUAUUUUGUGAACACAUUUGUUUCAAUCCACACUUCUUCUUCUUCUUCAAUGGCACUAACGUUCCUAGAGGAACUUCGCCGUCUCAACGUAGUAUUACUUGCGUCAUUGUUAUUAGUACUUAGUUGAGAUUUCUAUGCCAAAUAACACGCCUUGAAUGCAUUCUGAGUGGCAAGCUCUAGAAUACGCGUGAUCACAGUGCAAGUCGGAGGAAAUUUCUUUGACGAAAAAUUCCCCCGACCAGAACGGGAAGCGAACCCGAACACCCGGCAUGUUAGUUAUGACGCUAACCACUCGGCCACGGGAGCACAAUCCACACACGUAUAGUAUAAUUUCUCGUGCAAAUACUCAUUCUUCGAAGUAAAUGGAAGACUAAUAAAUGUAUGUUUCAGAGGAUAAAACAAAAACCGCUGUUAAUAUUUUGGGAAAAAAUUCAGAUUAUUUUAUCUUUUAUAUCAAAUAUGAACGAAAAAAACAUCAGUCCAAGUAGGAGUCAAAUGUUCAUACGGAAGUGACUUCAGAAGGACUUUCGACAAGUUCAUAGAAUUUCGAACAAACAGACCCGGGAUAUUAAUGCUGACGUGGUGCUUUCAAACCAUCUGGCGUUCAACUGAGAGGCUGGUGUAAAUUGAUUUUGAUUUACACAAAAGAAACUAUUCCUUCGUUCAAUGCAGCAGUUGCUGUCGUUACAUUUCACUAUUUGCAAAAGGUACUGAAAUGUCCUCACGUGGCGAGCAAACCGCUUCAUCGAUUUUUGGAGUUUACGGACUAAAUGUAUUCUGAUUUGACGGGAUCACUAGGUUGUUCCACACAUCAGCUAACAAUUCCCCUGCUUACUCAAAAUGUUUCGAUUCCAGUUCAGGGUCCCUUGUUCUAAGUUUUUUCAUCCAAGUAAGAUCCGUCAUGAUCAUGAGGAAGUAUUGAAUCUGCUUACCCCCGAAAAAGAGGGCCAUCCGUUCAACUCGGUCGAAAGCACUGUGUUCUGGAGGAUUUGUAGCACCGAAAAUUAUUCAAUCGAAAAUUUCUAUGAUCUUUUUAUAACAGUGGUUACGUUUUGAUUCCUUCCGUGAAACGCAAGAAGUUGGAUGUAAAAGCAGUCAAAAUGAAGUUUGUGGGCUACUCGACACAGCAUAAGGCGUUCCGGAUGUUGGAUAUACGUACCGGAGAAAUCAAAAUUAGUCGCGACGUUCGAUUUUUGGAUUUUAAUGACAAAUUAAUAGAGGACCAUCUUCAGGAGGAGAAUCCACCCGAAAACCAACAGCGGUCGGUAAAGUCGUCAAGUUCAUCUGUUGCGGAAAAUAUUGAGUGGAAGCUGGAGGAAUUCCCGAGGCCGACUGAAGACUCUGACGAUGUUAAAUCCGAGGAAGACGAGUUCCACGGAUGGGACGAUGCGGAAGAGGGAUGAUCUUACGAUGAUUCUGGUGAAGGCGAUUUACUGCAUAUUCUCAGAAAAAAUGAUGACGAGGAAAACGCUACAGUGGUAGAAGAAACGCAGGGACAACCAUUGCGUCGUUCAGAGAGAUCCACAGCUGGUGUUUUACCGGUUCGUUAUCAGAAUGGAGCGCGUCUGGUGAAGGAGAACAUAUCCGAACCACGGUCGUAUCGUGAAGCCAUGUCUAGCCCGCAAUGUGCCGAAUGGAAAUCGGCGAUGGACGAGGAGAUACAGUCGCAUCGAGGUAACGAAACCUGGGAGCUUACAGAACUUCCACCGCAUCGCAAGACUAUCGGAUGCAAGUGGAUCUAUAAAUGCAAGAUAGACGAGAAUGGUAAACUUGUGCGCUAUAAGGCUCGUUUGGUGGCACAAGGUUUUUGCCAAAAGUUCGGGUCAGACUACGAUUUAGUUUUUGCACCCGUCGUGAAGCAGAUAACGUUCCGGAUGAUGCUGACAGUGGCCAGUUCGAGAAAAAUGUUAACCAAACACAUCGACACAAAAACAGCGUAUCUUUACGGGCAUAUUCAGGAGGAUAACGUUCCGGAUGAUGCUGACAGUGGCCAGUUCGAGAAAAAUGUUAACCAAACACAUCGACAUAAAAACAGCGUAUCUUUACGGGCAUAUUCGGGAGGAAAUCUACAUGCGACAGCUUUCUGGUUACGAAAUUGGAAAUAAGGAUGAGGUUUGCAGGCUGAAGCGAAGUUUGUACGGACUUAAACAGACCGCUUGUGCAUGGAACAAGCGAAUUGACGAGGUCCUCAAGAGCAUGAGUUUCCAUCCUUCGAAAUCUGACCCGUGUCUGUACAUAAGAGAGACAGCGUACUGUUUUCUAUUAAUUUAUGUUGACGACAUUAUCGUCAUUUGUGCAACAAAAAGCGAAUUUGAUGAUAUCGUUCUUUUCUUUUUUUUUUCUUUUUUUUUUUUUUUUUUUUUAAAAUGAUGAUGAUGGUCCCACCCAAAAUCUUGAUAUAAUUAUCUGUUGAGAAGAUGAAUUUACAAGUAUUCCGAUUGAGCUAUCCCUAGCUUACCUCAGGUUUCCACAUUAAACCCCUUGGAAUGACUUUGUUUUAUUCGAUCAAAAAUUCUUUUGCUUUUGUUCAAUCUCACGUUUCUCUAUGUUUGCCAACGCGCGCGGGCUCAAACUAUUGCAGACUUCACAAUUAUUUUUUAAAUUUAAUUGAAUAACUAAGAUAUAUAUAAAAGCAAAAAAAAAAAAAAAUACCAUCAUCACCAUAGUCUUGACAAGAAAAAUACACGGACACACAUACACUCAAAAGACAAUAAUUUCCUCGUUUUAUGAAAUAAUGAAAUAAUGAUGAUGAUCUCCUCAAAAAGUUUGUACUGUACGAGUUCUCUUGUUGAUCUUUAUGUAACAAUUAUUAAAAUAACCAGUAAGCACAUUGAAGUAAAAAACAAAACAAACGGACUGGUUAUAUUACAAACAUAGAUUCCUAAUUGAAGAACAAUUUAUGUUAUCAACAUAACGUAUUUAACCCAUGGCAUGUCGAGAGAAUUUCCAACCCGGGAAGACCCUGGACCGAUCGGGAAUUGAACCCCAUGCCUAUGUCAAUAUUAGCCAUGAACUUACAAGGGAAAUCCCACUUUAUCAGAUCCCCGGUCACGGCCUGCAUUUGCGAUCGUUUCCGAGUUCUGGUAGCUGAGCAAACCCAAGCCUAAUUCUAGCCAAUACUUCAGGCCCAUUACUUUACAUAUCCCAAGGCAUGUCAAGAAAAUUUCCAACCCGAAAAAAUCCUUGACCGAUCAGGAAUUGAACCCAAUACCUAUGUCAGCAUUAGCCUAAAAUUUACAAAGGAAUUCCCGCUUCACUGGAUACCCGACAACGGUCUGUUAAUCGUUUUCGAAACCAGAUAGCUGAGCAAACCUAAGCCUAAUUCCAGCCGAUACUUCAGGCCCUACAUUCAAUCUGGGGUAUAAACGUGUCAACCUGAAUCUGCAAUAAGAUCUGCCACAACACAGAAAAAUCUUGUUAUAAUUAUCUAUUGAGAAGAUGAAUUUACAAGUAUUCCGAUUGAGCUAUCCCUAGCUUACCUCUGGUUUCCACAUUAAACCCAUUUGAAUGCUUUCAUUAAAAAGAAUUGUUUUUGCAUAUGUUCUAUCUCAAGUUGUCUAUGUGUGCUAACGCGCGCGGGCUCAAACUAUUGAAGAUUUCACAAAUAUUGUUUAAGUUAACCAUCAUCAUUAUAGUCUAAAGAUAAGAAAAUACAAAUAUCCGUUAAACUUCGUCAUCUUACACACUAACAUUAAUUAUAUGCAGGGUCAAAAAUCUAAAUCAUGCUUCAAAAACUCUUUACAAAUACUACGGAAUAUUCGAAGGCUUGUUGCUGUCUUUGCUUCAUUUGGUAAUGUGUUAUACAGGCGAUAUCCUUUAUAAAAAAGUGAGUUUUGGGUACAUGACAUUCGAAAGUUCAUGGUUCUGAGGUCACUUGCUUGCCUUGUGUUAUAUCGGUGCAUAUCUCUUCCAUACGUUAUCGUGUUUUGUAAAUAGUUCGGUGUCAUGCCGCUAACCAUCUUAUAUAUGAACGUAAGAGUGCAAUAUUUGAUACGCUGUCCCACUGACAUCCAUUGUAGGCAUUCAAGCAUAAAUCUUCGUGGAGUAAGUCGAUCGCAUCUCAAUAUCAAGCGCAUGGCCUUGUUUUGAACAAUUUGCAUUCUAUUCAUUUGCCUCUUAUUUGCGAGAAAUAGCACAGAUGCACAAUAAUCGAAAUGUGGAGCGAUCAAUGCUUUGUAGAUGGUAAUUUUACUUUCAAAGGUCAAGAAUCGAUUAAUUCUACAAAGCACUCCAUAUUUUUGAGCUGCCUUCUUUAUAGUAUAGUUUAUAUGUUCGUCGAAGCGCAGCGUUUCGUCAAGAAUAACGCCAAGAUAUUUGAUUGAAGUCGUUCUUUCCACAGUUUGCCCAUCGAUAGUUAUACUAAGACUAUCACUGUCAAGAUUGCGUGUCGAUACUACCAUAUACUUUGUUUUGCUAAUAUUUAACUUAAGUUUUUUCCAUCUCAACCAUUCGUCUAAGUUUUGCAGUUCACGGUUCAUCUUGACGAAGCAAUCUUGCAAUGUCUCAGCAACAAUGAAUAUCACUGUGUCGUCAGCAAACAAGUUUACGUCACUGUCAUUUAACACCUGUUUAAUGUCAUUAAUAUAAAGCAAGAAAAGCAGCGGCCCCAGAACACUUCCUUGAGGUACACCCAGAUUCACUGGUCCCGCCGAUGAUUCACUGUCCCUGUAAAUAGUGAUUUGUGUUCGCCCGUUCAGGUAACUUUCAAACCAGUUCAAUACUGAACAGUACCAGAGUCUCAUAGGCACUUUGUUGUACGUUGCCGUGAGUACUAGACCUGACAUUUCAAUCGCAACCUCUCAGCUCUGUCGGGGGUGCAUCGAUGUGCAGCUGGAGUGCUUUGUGGACGCGGAUUGGGCCGGUGAUGUAUCCGAAUAUGUAGCAUUAGCGGAGUGUCUUCAGGAACUGCAAUGGGUAGGAAAGCUGAUGGAGAAUGUAGGAGAAAAGCUUGGUUUACCUAUAGUCGUAAAGGAAGACAACCAAAGCUGUAUAGCAAUAAGGAAAGCAGAUCGAAACGAGAAGAAGUCGAAGCAUAUCGACACGAAGUACAGCUUCGUGAAGGACCUGGUUCGUGAACAAGUCGUGCAGCUGCAGUACUGUCCUACUGAUCAGAUGGAAGCCGAUCUACUAACUAAACCGUUGCAAGCGGUGAAGUUGAAGAAGUUAAGAGAGGCGAUAGGAGUCAAUCCAGCCAUUGUUGAGGAGGAGUGUUGAACCCCCCCGGUUCGACUGACAGCAUUUAUUUCAGUCUGUCUCGUGUAGGCAACACUGCCUGUUUUGACAGUUAUCAUUACUUCCGCUGUGUAAUAAAAGAGAAAAUAAAAAUCAUUCUUGUGUUAGUCGUGUUUUCAUUUAGCUGUCCGUCCCGCCUGUCCUAGCGCUUUUACUCUACUAACACGCUUCAUUUACGAUACUUCAUAAAACAACUCUGCCAACUCUGUCGAGUUUACACUAGUUCUUCCGGCUUAUUUAAAACGUUAAGCCCUGACCGAGCUAGGAGACCAAAGAUGAACUUUUCGUUUGACUCACGUUGGUCCCUGCGGAUCAAUAGGGGACUUUUAUAAAAAUCAUUGUCCAUUUUAGUUGCUGUCGCUUCCAGUUGACACUCUCUAAACAAAAAGCCCAAUGUCGGUGCGAUGAAAUCAGCUCAACGUAUUAAUCUUUGGAUGAAUUAGAGUUCUCUUGAACAGUCGUCCAAAUAAAAGUUUUUUUGAGGUUCAUCCAUUUAAGAAAAUCAACAUGAUCAAAUUGUGAUAUUCGGCCUUAUUCUGCGUGGCGUGUGAGGUGAGAUGACAAUUGUCACUUAUGUCACGCGAUUCCACCAGGCGUAUGCCGUGAGAAAUCUCACUUGAAUGAACUCUCACUUUAUUCCCGCUCUCAAAUAUACGUGACGAUUGUCACAUGAACUGGGAUUUCUAGGUGACAAUCGUCGACAUGUCUUGAGGUGUCGACAGUGCAUGAAAACAAAUGAAAAAAGGAAGAGGAAUAAUAAGUGUUUUUUUGGGUCGUAUAGAAUCGAUAGUAAUGGUAUUAUAUGUAUCAAUAAAUUCAAUUUAUCUUCAAUUUUCACAGUACGAAAGACAAAUUGCAAGUAGUUUGUUUUUUUUGUGAAAGCGGUAGUGAGUCUGUUAUUCCUCAAUUGGACGAAUAAGCACACCGAAAUUAUUUUCAUUUCAUGAAAUCUAUUUAUUUUCUCUAAAAUAUAUCUAUCACAUGGAUCUUGUGUUUCAUCUAUCUAUCCGCGAGUCAUCGUCACCGAACUGCAUAUCCAUUUCAGAAGCCGUGGUAUAUGCCCGAGCCGGAGCCAGAGCAACAAUUUAACACUGAGAGUGCAGAGAGCAGCAGCAACUACGACCAAAACAAACAAAAAUGCUAAACUUUACAGGAUGCAAUCAACUGUUUCACCAAAUCUAAAUCAAAUACCUGCAAAUUCGGCAGAAUGUCCUGAUACACUAACAACAGGCCAGGUUAAAUCAGAUCUAUAGAUACGGUACUGACUGCAGCAAAUAGUGAUCCCCGAUAAUCGUUCGAUUAAUCGAUUAAUCGAAUACUUCCUACAGAAAUCGAUUAUUAAUCGAACGAAUACUGCACAACCAAUAAUCGAAGCGAACGAAUAAUUUACGUCGAUUAAUCGAUUCAAACCCAGAGAGAAAAAAACGUACGGCCGCUUCAGUUUUAUCAUGAAAAUCAAUCAUUAUCUUUGACGCUUCCCUAAGUUCGUAAACGAAGCUCAAUGCCGUCAACGCGAAUUGAGCUUCGUUUACGACUUUAUGGGAGCGUAAAAGAUAAUAAUUGAUUUUCAGGCGGAAUGAACACUUUUUAGAUUCCAUAUGGCUUUCUAGCAAAUGAGAAAUAUUAGUCUAAUUAAUUAUUUCUCUCAGUGUGACGAUUAAUCGAUUAAUCGAUUAUUUGGGGCGAUUAAUCGUAUCGAAUAAUAAACUACUGAAAACUAUUCGAUUAGCUGAUGAACGAUUAAUUUCAAAAUUCGGGGAUCACUAGCAGCAAAACAAAUAUCUGACCUCUCUGAGCGAAACAAAUAAAAUUCUGGGAUGCCAGAUGUUUUUUCUCAAAUAUAUGCGAUAAAAAUCUGAAAUAUUUGUAAAUAUGUGCUAAUGUCUGACAUACUGACCAGCUUCGUUUAUCAUAUGGAAUCAAUAAUGUUUUGUCACUAUUUUAAAUAGCCUGCAGCAGGAAUAAAAGGUUAUGAUAAAAGUUAAAUGUCUACAAAUUCGUGAACACAUGUGCUAAUGUGGCAUCUCUGAUCAGAUUUGGCAACCAGCAGAAUGAACGCCUUGUCACUUGCUGUUCAUCCUCUCACAUACAUCAAAUGAACCUCUCACGGCAUCCGAAACGACUGUAGGAAUAGAGUGAGGAGAGUUGCGUGAUGGUGAUGUGACAAUUGUCAUCUCACCUCACACGCCGCGUAGAAUCAGGCCGAUUAUGUACACGGCCACCCCGACCCCGCGUACGUAAAAGUGGCGACAAGGAAAAAGUUUGAUUGAGAACAUUUUGCGCGAGUGAGCAAAAGUGUUUCGCUAUCGGAAGAGUAGGAAGAUUGCCGAUAGCGGUAUGUUUUGGCCCGGAGUGACCCGCAACACCAAUCAGUGCCGGAAAAUGGACUGCAACAGGAUCCAGCAGUACAAAAUCUCCCGCCGGUAGUUAAUGCACAUCAACAGCAGUCGCAGCCAAUCAUCCGCCCGCCAAUGUUUCAGCAACAACAAUAACAUUUUCCACUGAUCGACCCAACGAUGCUGCAGUUUCGAUGCCACAGAUGCAACAGAUGUCUGGAUUACUCGAGAAUUAAUCAAGCAAACGAAACCAAAUUUGGCAUGUGGUGGUUUCAGGAUGCAAUAAAUGUUUCUAUGCUAGUUAGGCACUCCUCCCCUCUCUCUAAAGGGGGGCAUACAAACGAAACACAAAUUUUUGUAUUACUCGAGAAUUAAGUGCGAUUCACAUACAACACCCACGUCACGUUCACGUUCCGUCCCGUCACGUUGCGUCAAUUAUUCUUCCAAGCAGUUCUUAUGCAAACUUAUGCAAACACUUCGACUUGCCGUUGCUGAUGUAUGCGAAUGCUUCAAUAGGAAUUGCAUGGAAGAAUAAUUGACGCAACGUGACGUGGAUGUUGUAUGUGAAUCGCGCUUUAAUCAAGCAAACGGAAUCAAAUUUGGCAUGUGGAGGUUUUAGGAUGUAAUAAAUGUUUCUAUGGAGGUUAGACACUCCUUCCCCUUCUAAGAGGGGGCUGCCAUACAAAUGAAGCAUAAAUUUCUUCAUAACUCAAGAACUAAUCAAGCAAAUAGAGCCAAAUUUUGUAUAUGAAGGUUUAAGGGGGCAAGAAAUGUCUCUGGAGGUUUUAGGAGGCAAUACAUGUUUCUAAGGUGGUUUGACACUCCUCCCCCUCUCUACAGGGGGGGAGGGUGUCUGAAUAACUCGAGAACUAAUCAAGUAAAUGGAAUCAAACUUGACAUAUAGAGGUUUUAGAUAUGUAUAUGGAUCGCCGAAUGUGUUGAUAAGAGCAAAACUCGAGUGAGGAAUUGUCUGAUUUAGGGCUGUCUUUAUUCUAUCAUAUUUUCUGUAUCAAACAUUCAUUCCAUGUAACGGAGAACCAUAUUAUUUGCUAGUGGUUGAAAAAUUUUGAACGAGAAUUGUGUCCGAAAAUAAUCUGAUAUUAUAAUGACGAGUUUUGAUAGAAGUACUAGGAAUUUUAUAGUAAAAGGUAAUUUUAAAGUGUAGUAUUAGCGCUUGGAAAGAUAAGAGGAUUUCCUUCGAAGGAUAUCAAUUUCGACCGCAAAGGGUUAAAUUUCGUAGAUGCGAUAAUGGAAAAUAUCGAAGAUGGCGCUGUUGGCCACACCGCAAAUCGAAUAUAAUAUAUGUUUUGAGGAUUGGAUCAAGCGCUAGUAUAAGUGCGUUGCGGUCGAUG